AGAAAGCUACCAGUUUAGAAGAGAGUUUGUAGAUAAGUAUGAGGAAGUUUAAUAGACACUAGAAGGAGAGAUUAUGCAGGUACAUAGUGAAACUGAUAUUCUUUGGAAGUGACAGAUAUACUGUAGGUUACAGUGACAGCAGGAGCUCCAACACUUACAAGAAACCUUAGAAGACGAAAACUGGAACUUUGGACAUUUGUUAGGGAAUCCGCUUGAUAAUCUUACCGUGAUGCUCAACCCAGAAGCAAGAAGAGCUGUCAGGACAGUCGGUCAACUGAAAAGCAGAGUGGAAGAGCUUAAGAAUCCCUGGCGACAAAGUUCUCCCCUGGUGCUGAAUUACAAUGAGUCCGCACGCCUGGCCACAGAUGCUCUGGUGGAACAUGGGGAAAAGGCAUAUUUACAAGCUCUGAAUGAGGAAAAAGAGCUGCCCUUUCUAUCCAGCCUGGACACUGACUAUAUAUGCACAAGUGCGAUUAUUAACAAUAAAGCGGAAGACCCACUGUCAGACAAGGAUUGUGAUGGUGCAAACUCAGAGAACUGCCCCUCAGAGCUGACAUCUGGCACUUACUUUCCUAUGAUGUCUGAUAUUGAUGCACCCAUUCUGGAGCUGGGAUGGCCCGAAAUACCUCUCAUCACCAGAAGUAAAGGGACAGAAGUGCAAGUUAUCUUCCAAAGACACCGAAACAAUAGCAUCAAGGAUCUUAUAAGAUCUCUUAUUAAUAAGGCAAAAUCAGUCAUUGCAGUGGUCAUGGACCUUUUUACAGAUGUGGACCUCUUAUGUGAUCUCAUAGAAGCGGCAAGCAAACGAAGAGUCCCUGUUUAUCUCUUGCUUGAUGAGAAAAACCUGAUAUACUUUAUAGAAAUGUUUGAGAAGUUGGGAUUUAACAAAAUUCAAAUUCCUAAUAUAAAGAUCCGUACUGUAACAGGAGACACGUACUGUACAAAGUUUGGGAAGAAAUUUUCUGGACAGUCUCUAGAGAAGUUUCUGCUAAUUGACUGUGAGCAUGUCAUUGCUGGGUCUUACAGCUUCAGCUGGCUUUCAGGUCAUGUCCACAGCAAUAUGGUGACCUACUUCAAGGGGAACAUAGUGGAAGAGUUUGACAGAGAAUUCCGCUGUUUGUAUGCAGAUUCACUUGAAAUUGACUACUUCUCUAGUCUGGAAAAUGAGAACGGCAAGCCUCUUGGUUCUACUCCCACCAGGAAUAGAUGGGCAGCCAUAAAAUCUGUGCCGAAACCUCCACCAGUCAUCGAGCAUUUUAUCCGGUCUGACAGUAACUCUAGUUCUGAUAGCCAAACCAGUGUGAAGACCCCUCCCUUUGUUAAUAAUCAGGCAGUCACUGUGAUCCGUGAUGAUAAGCCAGUGAUUUCAAAGUAUGUAAAACGAAACCCACCUGAUGAAGAGAGAAGUAAGCCAAACAUGGAAAUGUUUAAUGCCCAGAGGCGUCAGUCCGAUUGUAACACAGACCUGAGUAACCUUACAGUUAUACAGAGACAUGCGCUAUCAAAAUCCACACCUGAUCUGAUUAACUCACCAUCACCUCUGAGAGCCAAGUUUGAACAUAUACAGAAUAAAUUUCUUCAACCGCAAAACAAAUUGUCCCCCAGAAUGAAAAGUGAUGCAGCACUAAAUAAAGUUUCUAAAUAUGAUGGCAGUUCCACAAAUAAGAACGUCCCUUUAGCUGAUGUCAAAAGGGAGGAUGCCAGCAAAGAUUUUAAAAGAAUGACUCUUGGACAUAGUAAACUAGAACUUAUCACAAAAGAUCAUAAGAAAUUGCUAGAGAAUAAGGUCUAUAGUCGCUUUCAGGGAAUUCCUUAGCUUUUAUGUCAUUGCCACAACUUGAAAUUGGUGCCAUGCAGAUCUGGAUUAAGGCUUUGGGGGUCUGGAGCAUUUAAGACUGUGGGGCCCUAAAGAGUAUAAUUUGGAACAUGGGGAUCAGGGGUCUCAUGCACAUGCCUUUGGUGCUCACAUGAAAAGGGGGCAUGGCCACGCAUCAUGACCUCAUUUCAUGUCACCAAGUUCCCUGUCUACCUGUAACCCUGAAAUGUAGGACAGUCCGGCCAAAACUAUGGUUAAGGCGGUAUUAUACAUACAGAGACAUACAUAGAGAGGGAUAUAUCAAGCAUCACAUUUUGUAUGCGAUACAUCUUGCCACUUACCGUAUGCAUAGCAGCUUUUAUUAUCGCUGUAUUUAUGAAGAUUUGUGAUUAUCUAUGCAAUGGACAGCUCGACCCGGGAGUCCUACUGCGCAUGCAUAGCCUCUGGGAACCACUAUCAAAUCCCUUUUGGGGAUUUAUGUGGAAAGAAGCUCAUAGGCUUCUAUAGUCAAAGAUAUCAACAGAAAGCAUUGCCUUUCAGGUACAAGCUCUGCCCAUAGUCACACACAUAUACACAUACAGUAAAUAGAUAUUGUCACAGACAUACACCUAUAUACAGUCACAAAUAUAUAUACACAUAGGGCCUGAUUCAGAGUUGUACGCUAGGCCGAUGUUCAUGCAAAUGGGAAAUUUGCCUCCUUGUGGUAGUGAUCUACUGCCCCCCUGGCCGCUGUUCACCUUUCCUUGACAACUUUGCUGCCUGGCUUCCCCAUUUUCUCUCCUCCGACCUCCCCUCUAUCAUCCUCGGUAACUUUAACAUCCCUAUUGACAUCACUAAUGCAGCUUCCACUAAUCUUCUUGCCCUUCCCUCCUCCUUUGGACUUUCUCAAUGGACCUCCACCUCUACUCACAAUCUCGGUCACUCCCAUGACCUUGUCUUCACCCAAAGAUCUGAUAUCUCUGGUUUCUCUAACUCUUCCUUCCUUCUCUCUGACCACAAUCUGCUUUCUUUCACUCUCUCGUCUUCCCCUCUCCUCUCCAUGCCCAGACCCACCAUCACCAGACGCAAUCUCGGGUCUCACAACCCCGCUAUCCUGUCCUCCCUCGAGAUUUUCCUCUCUCCUUUUUCCACCAUGACCUGUCCAAACCAGACAGCCUCCUUCUAAACUCUUCCCUAACCUCUGCUCUCUUCUCUGUGGCCCCCCUCUCCUCUGUCACCCUCUGCCGCUUUAAACCCCAACCCUGGCACACCAAAGUAACACGAUUCUGUUCACGCUCCACUGAAUGCUUCUGGAGGAAAUCUCACUCUCUGGUGGACUUCCUCCAUUUCAAGUUUAUUCUCUCCUCCUACAGCUCUGCUCUUUCCCUCACCAAGCAAUCCUUUUUCAAAGUACUCAUCUCUUCUCAGUCCUCCAGUCCACGCCGUCUCUUUGAAACUUUCAACAUUCUCCUUUGCCCCCUCCUCCUCCCCUCCCAUCCUCCCUCACUACCACUGACUUUGCCUCCUUCAUCAUCUCCAAAAUUGAGGAAAUCCAACACGAUAUCUCCUUCUUCACCCCUCUGCUUCCCUCCUGCCCACAUCAUCCUUCCCCUCCAUCUAUCCCACCUUGUCCUCCUUCCGUCCCACUACAGACAAGAUAGUCCACUCCCUCAUCUUAUCCUCCCCCCCUCAACCUGCCCACUAGACCCCCACCCAUCCCGUCUUCUCCGCUCCCUCUCCCCCACUGCCUGCUCCCAUCUUGCUCACCUCUUAAACCUAUCACUCUCUACCAGUAGCUUUCCCUCACCAUUCAAACAUGCUCUGGUCUCAUCUAUUCUCAAAUAACCCAACCUCGACCCUUUAUCACCCACUAGCUACCGCACCAUCUCUCUUCUCCCAUUCGCCUCCAAACUACUUGAACGACUGGUCUACAGCCAUUCCACAAGUUACCUCUCUGAAAACUGCAUCCUUGAUCAACUACAAUGUGGCUUUCGCCCACUCCACUCCACUGAGACUGCCCUGAUGAAAGUCACCAAUGACCUGCUUUUGGCCAAAUCCAGGGGGCACUUCUCUCUGCUUAUCCUUCUGGAUCUCUCUGCUGCCUUUGACACCGUGGAUCAUCCCCUCCUCCUCUGCACACUCCAAAACAUUGGCCUCUCUAGCACUAUCCUUGACUGGUUUACCUCUUACCUCACUAACCGCUCCUUCUCUGUGUCUGCCUCCGGCACCACCUCGCACCCUUCCAUCCUUCCUGUUGGUGUCCCUCAAGGUUCUGUCCUCGGACCCCUUCUGUUCUCCCUGUACACCUCUUCCCUGGGUGCGCUCAUUAACUCCUUUGGACUUCAAUACCACCUCUAUGCUGAUGACAUAGAACUCUACCUCUCCUCUCCUGAUCUGUCCCCCUCUGUCCUCUCUCAUGUUUAAAGCUGCCUCUCCACCAUCUCCUUCUGGUUGGCCGAGUGCUCUAUGAAGCUCAACAUGGACAAAACUGAACUCAUUAUCUUUCCCCCAGCCAGAGUAACACCCCCUCUCUAUCACUGUUGACAACACCAUCAUCUUCCCCGUUCCCAAACUCUGCUGCUUGGGCAUCACUCUUGACUCCUCCCUCUCCUUUGCACCCCACAUCCAAGCUCUAGUACAAUCCUUUCAGUUCCAGCUAUGCAACAUUGCUCACAUCAGGCCAUCUCUCUCCCAGAGUGCAACAAAACUUAUCAUCCACUCACUGGUCAUCUCACGGCUCGACUACUGCAACGUUCUCCUCACUGGCCUCACUUGCUCCCAUCUUGCUCCCCUCCAAUCUGUCCUCAACUCCGCAGCUAGGCUUAUCUUCCUCUCUUGCCGCUCCACAUCUGCCACUCCCCUUCGACAAAAUCUGCCCUUGCUCCCAUUCGCCUAUAGAAUCCUCUUCAACCUCCUCACCCUCACAUACAAGGUCUUCUCUAACUCCACUGCUCCCUACAUCUCCUGCAUCAUCUACUUACAUACUCCCUUCCACCCCCUACGGUCGGCCAAUGACCGUCACCUCUUCUUUACACUGGCCACUGCUUCCCAUGCUCGAGUUCAAAAUUUUGGCCGUGCUGCACCCCUUCAAUGGAACACGCUCCCCCACUCCAUUAUACUCUCCUGACCUUGCAAAGCUUCAAAUGGGCACUGGAAACCCACCUAUUCAUCAAAGCGUACCCUUCCGAUGUAUAACCUAGUCCUGAGGCUGCUCCUCCAUCCCCCUGCCUCAUGCCUUGACCAUCUCUGCUUUGCUUACAUCCCGCCAUCAGGCUACCUCCCGCUUGCUUGCACCUCAUGUCAUCUGUCUGUCGCCCCUUCCUACUAGAUUGUUAGCUCCUCAGAGCAGGGCCCUCUUUCCUCUUGUUGUCAAAACCAUCUCCUACCCAGUGACCAUCUUUACCCGCUUUUUCUCCUGCUGGUAAAGGCUCAUCUCUAUCUAUGGCCAUCAGCUCCUAGUAUUACGCUGAUCACUCACUCGCUACUUACAUUUAAGCUGUAUUAUGUUUUGAGAAUUGUGGUGCUCUUUGUUACCUUUACUCUAUUUUUGUUAUUUAUUUACUGUAAUGUUUUGUCUUCCUGUACUGUCCUUUGUACGGCACUGCGAAACACUUGUGGUACCUUCUAAAUAAAAUAUAAUAAUAAUAAUCGGCAGACUGCGCAUGUGCUGCGAUUGCACUGAACAUGCAUCCAGGUGCUGCUGCAAACUCGCUUGCAAUGAAGAUUUUAUCACAAAGUGAUUGACAGGAAAUUGGCUUUCGUAGCCUAGAAAAUUUCAUUUUCUAAAGGAUGUAUAUACAACUCUGAAUCAGGCCCAUACAUAGUUGAACACAGGAACACAUAUAAUCGCACACAUUUAUACAUACAGUCACAUAUAUACAUACAUACAUACAUACAUACAUAGUUACACGCAGGAGUGUAGCCAGAACUUUGCGGGUCCCAUAGCAACAUUUUGAAGGGGCCUCUGUCCCAAUGCUUCCAGAGAGACACCUCUCUAGAGCAGUUGUUACUUUUAUGCCCAUAAUAGUGUCCUAGUUCAUUUUCUGAACCAUAUUAGUGCUCUGGUUAAUAUUAAGCCCCAUAGUAGUGCCCUAGUUCACAUUAUAUAGGCCAUUACACAUUAUGCAUUACAACACCUCUAAUUCACAUUAUGAAAUAGUGUCCCCAGUUCAUAUUAUAUUACACUACAGUGUCCCAGUUCAUAUCAUGUAACAUUAUAAUGCCCUUCUGUUCAUUUUAUAUCACAUUACAAUGAGCAGGUGACAUGGGCAUAACUAGAUAUAUUUAGACCCCAAGGCAAAAGUUUGUAAGGGCCCCUAUGUAUAGGCUUACCAUACUAUCCCUUUAAACUUGCUCACUCAUGAAUUACACAGGUUCUGUUACUCGCUGAGAAAAGGGCGGCUGCGCUGAAUUUCAGAAAUGUAUGAUAUAAUCAAUAGAGAGAAUCUGGAGGCAGGAUAUCACCUUUGAAAAAGUCACGUGGAGCGUGACGAAACGCGUUAGGACCCGCCUCUCUACACACCUUGCUCAGGUGUCUCACAUUUGGUGCAGAGCUCGGCACUCCCAGUCGGCAACGCCUCGGACUGAUCUCUGCUCUUAGCAGCCGCUGUCAUUCACGCUGCACCAGCCAGCUGAACACACACGGCAUUCCGUCUCCUCUCCGCUGCACAGCACUAGUGGGCAACGCAGGACACCAGACCGGGGACGCCCGGUAAACGGACCAGCCCAUUGAGAGGUACUAAUCACAGAAUGACCCACUGGCUAGACACGUUCAUUAUAUCAUAGGAGCUCCACAAUUGCACCCUGUGUUCAUUUCUGUGCACCAUUAGAAGCACCUCCUCUCAGUCACGGAACAUGGACUUCAGCAUUAUACAUCACAGCUGCAAAUUGAUAUAAGCUCUUGAAUGAUGUUGACACUUUGAGACAAGUAACUGAGGAUUAUUCAUUUAUUGUUUUUUUAUUAUAUUAACAGUGUUUUAAAUAAAAUUGUUUAUUUUUAGAUUUGACACGUUGGCUCUCUCUAUUGAUUAUAUCAUACAUUUCUGAAAUUCAGCGCAGCCGCCCUUUUCUCUUGUUUAUACCUUGCCACACUAUAACACAUAUAGUUGUUUGGCUAGCGCAGCAUUUCUGAAAUAGGUAUAAUACACAUUCUCAAUCUAUGUAUAUCCUCUGCUGAGGCGCUUUUUUAACAGUUAAUAUUCUUUGGUUCUGUUACUCGCUGACUCUAAGCCUGCAUUUCACCUAUUUUUAAAGCAGCUAGUGAACAUGUAAAAUUUAUAAGUGUCCCGGUGUAAAGGGAUAGUAUGGUAGACUACCUAUGUACCAUCCAAUAGUGAAAAAUGUACAUAACACAUGUAGCUUUGACAGGGAAGGUGGGCCCCUCUCAGCUCUUGGCCCCAUAGCAGCUACACUCCCUGCACCCAUGGUAGCUACGGGUUGGGUAUGCGUGAUGGCAGUCAGGAGACCGCUAGUCACCAUAAUGACGCCGGGAUCCCGGCUUUUAGAUGCCAAGCGGGGGGGACGGGCGAGCACAACAAAGCCCCUUAGGGAUUCCCACUCUAUGGGUGUUGUGGACACCCACUAGUGGGAACAGUCCCUGUUAGUCGGCAUGCCGACUGUCGGAACUGUAAGGGGGUGGGAUUCCGACGUUGGUAUUGUGACUGGCGGUCCCCCGUAGCUACACCCUUGGUUACACGCAUAGAUGUAUUAUUCACACAUACAUUCAGAAACUAAUACACACUCUUAGACACAUACAUAGUCAUUAUACACACACACACACACACUACACACACACACACACACUCACAUAAAUAGAGACAGACAAUAUAGUGCCCCUCCCUCUCUCACACUUACAGUGUACACUCACUGUUUGGAGUAGCUCCACUGACUCCUCCUCUCUUGUUGUGUAGCCCACCCCCUGCUUCAACUCCAUCUCCCUUUCAGUCUUCUACUACAGUUGGUAGCCUCAUAGUGCAUUCCAUCUGCAGCUGUAAUCAAUGGCUGGGCAUGCCCCCACAACUCCCCCCGUCCCUUCCCUGCUAAUCUAGCUCUGGUGCCAUGCCUCCUGUAACCAAAGUACUCUGAGUGAUGGACCCAGCAUGCCCGGAAUUGUGCUGGCUCCUUAACAUUGAUUUCAGAAGACAUGCAUUUAUCUCAUAUGAGCUAUUUCUAAUUUAAAUGGAAAUUACAGCAAAAAAUAACUAUAAAUCUAAUACUUCGAAAAAAGCUGUGUUCUUCAGUCUACAGUAAUGUCCAUCUCUGGGAAUCCGGCAGCCCAGAAGUGACUCCACCACCAAUGCUUGUAGUACUAUCUUCUAUGUAUAUGUCUCAUUCUUGCAAAUUUGUUGAAAGCUAAUUAAAUGAAUCAAGCAUGUGAGUAGGGAUAGCCAUUGACCAUUGAUGAUUCAAAAUCAUCGAUGGUCUAUGACCAAUGUUAACUACUUUUAAUAUCAAUGGGGGAGAACCAGAUGGUUUCCCGCCAUCGAUGAUAAGAAGUUAUUGAAUUUUUUUCUUUCUCCACGGUGUCUGGGACACAAAGCAUAGCUCCGCCCACUGAUACCUGUGAAGCCAUGCUCCUGGGCCCUGAUUAGUCCAUGACUUGCUCUAUACUAAACUAGGGCUGACCUUAUAGAUGGUUUCCCACCAUCGAGGUUAUCCAUCAAUGGUACCAUCGAUUGUAACCAUCGAUGAAUAACCCACCGAUGGCCAUCCCUAACUGUGAGCCUGAAGGAUCAUUGCACUGCAUAUCUCUGAAAAAGCAGGAGUUCUGGGUUUUGUAUUUUUGUUGAUGAAAGUUGGUUUGAGGGACAUUAUUAGCAGGAGUUUCCAUUUAUUUAAUCUAAUUUUUUAUUAGGAGGAGUUUUCUUUUAUUUAAUAUAUGUAAUAACAUUUUUUUAAAAACUUUUGUUGGAAAGUUGUAAAUAAUAUAUGGUAUAUAUUAUAUGUACACAUAAGGGUCAGGGGUACCAAUAGGAGCAUAUUGCACUUAUUUUACUUCCUGGUUUGCCCCCCAGCUGCACUAAUACUAAAUGUCGGUGCAUGCGCAUUCUAGAGCGUGUGAAAUCUGGCAGCAUAGCAACCCCCAUAGAAAGAAACCUAUCGGAGAUAUCUGCUGUGCUCCCUUCUUCAUACAUCAUACAUCUAAUGCGCAUAGAGGUGCACAGACGUACAGACUCAGAAGCACACACACUCGCAUAAGCAUAGAAGGGCACAGACUUACAAUAUGCAUAUAGACAAACAGACUCACAUAUGCAUAGAGGCCCUCAUUACCUUGAGUCUCUUGCCUGCCCUCUCAGUCUUUUAUGUUUUAUACUGCAAAUUGUUUUGUUAUUCUUCUAUGUUCAAUUUAUACAUAAGUAAUCUGUAUUUGUUUUGUGCUACUUGUCAGUACCAGUGCAACUCAUAUUUUUAUCACAGAUCUUCCAUGGUCGAGUCACAUUAUGACCACCAGCUAACAGCCAGAGUAACCGGCAUGUGCAGCACGGACAGCAGCUAGAUGGCCUGAACUGUUGUUUUAGGCACAUGUCUGGUAGCCCACAGGUUCACUUUGACGAUGAGCUGCUACACUGUAGCGUGUCGGUCAGCCCUGACGCACCUUCAUAACCAACAUUCACCUCUCACAUCAUUGGCACGUGGUGUUCUGCAGUUUCUACUUCUGUUAUUUGCAAUGGUGCCAUUUGUCCAGUCACGAUACACCUUCACCACAGAGGUACGUGAACAGUUGACAAACUGCGCUGUUUCUGAAAUACUGCAACCCUUCGCACGAAAGCCGAUAAUCAUCCCUUUUUGCAACUAGGAUAAAUUGCCCCUUUUACCCAUGACAGCAACAAGCGAUAUGUGUGCAGUCGGCCUAUCUCACCUUUAUAUACCCAUUAAGUCAGUGCGUGACACAUGACGUACUUAAUGGGCUACACACUGCCGACGUCAAAUGUAGGUGGUGGUCAUAAUAAUGUUACUCGACCGUGUAUUAUUAUACUUAAUUUGUAUUUAUGUAUUUGUAAAUUAAUUGUCUGAUGCUGUGGAAUUUGUACCCACAGAAACAAAAGCAAAAAACCUGAAAAAAAGCUGAUUAUGAUAAAUGUUGUAGAAAACUAAAUCAAAGCCAAUCUGGGCUGGCCCUGGAUUCUUUUCAAUCUUCCAAGAAAUUUGUGAUAAGAAUCUAGACCACAAUAGAAACUGUGAAUACAUUGCUAUUUUUAAU